GCUGAUGAACCACUGACGGACAGGCAAAGUGAGGUACAGAUUUUCGAAGAUUUCCGUUUUGCUGCAACUGGAUGAAGUGGACUUGGACGCCUGUUGGUCACUCCCAGGACAUUCUUGCUGAAAUAAACCUGUAAAAGUGGUCUACAAUGCUGCUAAGAGUCAUCAUAUCCCAAAAUGAUAUCAGGCGCCUCCGGAUUGAAAAUAUACCCACCAGCAUUGAGGGGCUGAAUCUGGAGUUAAGAACAAACCUAGGCCUGACAGGUGGAUUCAUCUUACAAUUUGAGGAUCCUGAUUUCAAUAAUCAGUUGUGCAACUUGACAGACAUCAAGGACCUUCCUGUGGAGCGGGCAACAUUAAAAGUAUUGUUCACAACUGAUGUGGAUGUCUCAGAUUCCACAUUGGACACAUGCAGCCUUCCGUUGGUCAGCAGUGGGGAUUCUGUUGAAUGGCCAAACCCCUUCCCAGUUCCACAGUUCUCACAUGACGUGGAGCUUCUGCUGAAACAAGCUAAUUUUCGGCAUGCUAAGGAUGGAAGUGUGAUGGUGAUUCCUAAGGGUGUAAAGACUGAUAUCCUUGACACGCUUGCAGACGUUAUGUUCAAAAUAAAUGCCUAUCCCGAGAAACGGCACUAUGAGAUUGUAGUAAAAGCACUUGUGGAGAAACAUCCCGGCCUGAAGGACCCAGGGCCCGAAAAAGGAUGGCAAUCCUGGUUUUAUAGCCUAAAGUUCAAACUGGGGAACUAUCGGCAGAAGUUGAGUGCCGCAGGAUGCCAUGAAGUGGUAGUAAACAAACGAAAAGGAGUGGAAGCGAAGGGGAGUCGUCAUAAAAAGCCGAAGAAGGGUGAGGUCAACUAUUGUCCAGAUCUCCCUGAAGGACAGAGUACUGAUGACAUGGAAGAGAAGCGUCAACAAAUGGAGAUGGAAAUGCACAAAAAAGACCCUGAUCACCAAUUAAUUGAAGCAUUGAUGAGUGAUACAUUUUCUCAGCGUCGGAGAGAGAUCGUUGGAGAUCAGCCACUGAUCACAGAAGUAAAGUCCAGGUGGCCAGCUCUGUUCAGUGAGAGACAGAUUCAGGCAGAGUUCCAGAGAAUUGUCACUACGGACCUGCUUUCAUCGUUUCUGGAUGGACUUGAUGGCCUGGCCCCAACAUUGCUGGAGGUCUACAAAGGUGCGUCCAGCACUGGAAAGAAGCCGGCACUAAAAGGCCUUUUGGACUGCCUUGAGAAAGAUGACACAAAUGAGAGGAGGAGGACUGCUGCUCUCUUGGGACUAUCACUCUACAUGUCUGGCGAAAAUCAGGCAAAUGUCAUCAGGAUGUGUGAUGUUCAUGGAGACAUUCUCGAGGAAGCCACGAAGGGGAUGCAAGUUGGUCUACUCGUAGGCUACGAAGGUGAACGGGAUGCCUUUCCUCAGCAGAUAUUCAAUGUGGCAGUUGUGGUCGAGGAGAAAAUUGUACUCUACAACAUGAAAGAUGUGGCUUGCGGCUUUGCGAUGCUUCUUGGACUAAUAUAUUGCUUGAAUCUUCAGUAUCCUCUGGAAAUGAAAUAUUCAUUUGAGUUUCUCCAGAGGGUUGUUAUGAAGAUACAGCCAGACCAAGCCUCUGCCAAAAUACAUGGACUAAAAAACAAACUAGGUAGGAGGUAGAUCAUCAAAGAGUGUAGAAAGUGAGUUCAAUUUAGUGUUGUUCAUUUGUAUGUUCAAGGAUUUUGUGCCUCUACAGCAGGGCUUCUCAAACCCCGGAUCCGGACCGAACUGCAAAUCAAUCCGGACCGA